AUGACGAAGACGUACUUGAUGAACAGCCUCAUUGAAAAGAUGCAAUCCCCAGACCAGGACUUUCGUUUUAUGGGGCUAAACGACCUGAUGGGCGAGAUCAAACAGGAUCCAGCAAGUUUCAUCGGAGACGAGCCUACCGAGACAAAGGUCCUCAAACAGGUACUUUCGUUAGUCAAGAAUCAGGCUGUUAAGUGUCUGGGUCAAUUGAUCAAGAUCAUCCGCGAAACUCAGAUGGAACUUGUAGUUGAUAGCCUAAUCAACUUUUCCGUUGGGAAGGAUGAUGAAUUGCGUGAUAUCUCUGGUUUGGCGUUGAAAACGAUUACUUCUGAGUUGCCACUGGAAGGCAAAAUUGCUGCCAGAGCAUGCGCAAAGCUCGCACCAAAGCUCCUACAGCAAGUUUCAAAUACAGCAACCCCGCCGGAGACUUUGAUUGAGACAUUAUCAACGUUAUCCAUACUCAUCACUCGUUUCCCAGCCCACGUAUCAGAUCCAUCCCUUACACCACACCCCCUACCUGCAAUAGCUCCUCUUCUUUCACAUUCCCGUCCCGCUGUUCGCAAACGUGCUAUUCUGACGCUCUCACAAUACGUUCCUGUGGCUCCUCCUGUGCUCGUCAACGAUCUUUUACAGAACUACAUUCUCCCGUUCCUUGUACCCAAUGCUAACCUCGAAAAACAGCGCACAACUGUGCAUCUGGUUGCUGCUAUCAUACGGCAGGCGCCGCAGCAGCUCGCAUCAGUUUAUAACGACAUCAUACCUGGCCUCCUCAAAGCUGUCCAGAGAGAUGAUGAUGAACUUCGUGAAGGUUGUCUUCAGGCUCUUGAGACACUACUCUUGAGGUCUCCGACAGAAGCAGCACCGUUCCUAAGCUCAAUAGUACAGAUAGGGAGCCAGUUCAUCAAGUAUGACCCAAACUAUGCAGGACCGGAUGCCGGCGAGGAUGAAGAGAUGGCAGAUGCGGAUGAUGAAGACGACGACGACGCUGAACUUGAUGAGUACUCGGAUGAUGAAGACACGUCCUACAAGAUUCGGCGUGCUUCUACCAAACUUCUAGCUGCUGUGAUCACUACUCGCCCUGAGCUUCUUACAUCACUGUACAAGGAAGUGUCGCCUGUGCUGAUCUCCAGGUUUGGAGACAGGGAGGCAACCGUUCGGCUUGAAGUAUGGGCAACCUAUGGUGUUCUACUCAACCAAACCAACCUGUAUGGCAGCCUACUACAAACUCAAGAGAACGAUACUGCCAUCAGGAAGAGGAAAAGAGAUGGUGAAGAAAGAAUGGAUGUCGAGGAAACGCCACAUACCCUUCUGCGCUCACAGGUUUCUUCAUUAUCCAAGGCCUUGCUCCAGCAACUCAAGUCUCCGAAGACUCCACCAGCGAUGCUCCAGGCAGGCUUCCAGCUUCUACACGCUCUGCUUGGCGUCCUUCCUGGUUCUCUCUCCAAUCAAAUCGCGCCCAUUGCCGCAAUUUCUCAGUGUGUAAUGUCUCAGUCGCCAACAACUUCGACCUCGGCCCUUCAUCUCACAUGUCUCUCAUUCAUUGCAUUGUAUUUCGCAACGCAUGCUCCUGGCACGUUUUCUGCAUCACUUCCUACUCUGUCGCCUGUUCUUUUGAAGUCUGCUGGAGAGAAACACCCUCGAGUUGCUUCCGAAGCCUUCCGAGUCUUUUCUGCUUUACUCAAUUCCAUGAGGCCCGUAAAAAAUGGCGAUUGGCCCGAGCGCCUGUACGACCAAGCUUUUCAGCGUCUUAGCACUCACGAUACAGACGCCGAGGUUCGCGGAUGCGCUGAGGACUGCAUUGCGGACCUAUGGAUUUGCGCUCCGGAUAUCAUCAAAGCGAAAAGCGGCAAAGAAUGGCAAGCCAUAUGUCGGACAACGGGUAAUACGGGAGGAGCCGUCAGAGUAGUCACGAAGGUUGCGAGGGACGUGGAAAUGAGUGAUGAAUGGGUGAACAGUUGUGUCGAAUGGAUCAUGGGUCUACUAAAGAAGAGUGAGAGGGGAGGCAAGCCAGAGAUUUUCAUCGCCCUCGAUACUCUUCUAAACAGAUAUUCGUCUGGCAUUCCCACCGAUCUGCCACCCACUUUGGUCCCCCAGAUCAGACCAUACGUAUCGACGACAGACAUUUCCUUACUGUCCCAUUCAUUGACUAUCAUUGCGGUAUUACUCGACCUAUCUCCGGCCGCUACUUUCCCUGAAGUUGAGCGUGAGCUCCUUGGCGAUAUCUAUCAGAUUGCACAUUCGCCUCUCGUCUCAGGAGCCGCACUUGAUGCACUUCUAACGUUCUUUUCUUCGUUGGUGCAGGCUGAUAGUCAGAUUGCAACCCAUGUUGUCCCCGACUUGGCGACUUCAGCGGAAGAGGCCAACAAGUCGGACGCCAAUCUAGCCAACGUCGCCAAAUGUAUUGGUCAAGUUGUCCAGAGUGCUCAGGGAGUGGCAGCAGGAACCAUCGCGGUUUACUCCAAGCAUAUAAAUAAAUCUUCCAAGUCAAAAUCCACCACUUCCGUUGUGGUGUUAAGUCUACUGAUUGUCGGGGAAAUUGGCCGUUUCAUUGAUAUGUCAAAGCAACAAGAUACGUUUAAUAAUACCAUCGAACAUUUCGCAGCAGAAGAAGAGGAGAUUCGUGCUGCUGCUGCAUUCGCUGCUGGAAACAUUGCUAUCGGAAAUCUUCAUCAAUUCUUGCCUGCAAUUCUCAGGGUUGCAGAGAGCGAUCCGCACAAGAAGCUGUUGUCGUUGCAUGCAUUGAAGGAGGUCGUGACGCAUUGCUCGCAUGGGCAGCUUGAAGGUGUUGCAGAGCAGCUCUGGGUACCCCUCUUUCAAUACUCGGAGGAUGCGGAGGACAGUACACGCAAUGUCGCUGCUGCCUGUCUGGGGAAACUUACCACAACGCAUCCCUCGCGGUAUCUCCCGCAACUUCACUCUCGCAUCCACGACGAGAACCCAGCAGCACGCGCUACUGUGGUAUCUGCCAUCCGGCAUACGCUCGCGGAGUCGUCUCCGUCAUACGACGAUCUUUUGGCAUCGCUCAUCAUGGACUUCUUGGAAUUGAUGCAUGACCAGGAUUUGAAUGUCCGCCGUCUUGCGUUGUCUGCUUUCAACUCUGCGGCAAGAACAAAGCCCCACCUCAUCCGCGAUCACCUUCCAACUCUGCUCCCGAGCCUCUAUGCAGAGACAAAAGUCAACCCCGAUCUCAUCCGUACGGUCCAAAUGGGACCCUGGACACACAAGGUCGACGACGGCCUCGAUGCGCGCAAGACCGCAUGGGAGACACUGUAUACCCUUCUCGAUACCUGCCUUAGCAAAUUAGACCUGACGAUCUUCCUCUCGCACUUGCUUGCAGCCAUCAGCGAUCCGUCGGAUGAGAUCAAAGUGAUCGGGCACAUGCUUCUCGUGCGGCUCUCAGCAUCUCCGACAACAUCUCUUGCACUUGCACAGCGACUCGACGAACUUACCCCCCAUCUUGAAUUGACGAUGCGCGGCGCGGCCGUCACUAAAGACACAGUGAAGCAGGAUAUUGAACGCGCGGCGGAGUUACGGAGGAGCACGAUGCGUGCUGUCGCUGCCCUCAGCAAGAUCGACAGUGCGGGCAGCGCGCCGAAAUUCGAUGCCUUUGUGGAAGAAUCCCGGAAGAAUGAUCAAUGGGGCCCAGAAUUCAGGGAGUUGCUGGGACAUUGA